UGGUUAUCUUUUCCUGAAUUGGAACAAAAUAAUCCUUCGGCGCUAUUACCACCACCUCCGUUGCAUAGACCAAGUUCUCCAUUUAUUAAGCCAGCAUUUUCUUUACCGCAAAAGUCAUCAUUUACAUUGUCAGGGGCAAUAUUUUUCUUUUCAGCAUUAAUUAGUGCUUGUGAGACGAGAAAUUUGUAUGUCUUAGAUUGA